ACUCUGUGCAGAGUGACACCAUGGCAACAGAGGGGGAGCCAUCGGACCUGAUCAAAGUCCUGCACCUCCUCGUGCUCUCCUUCUCCUGGGGCAUGCAGGUGUGGGUCUCCUUCAUCGCAGGCUUCACGUUGGUGCGGCAGGUGACGCUGCACACCUUUGGCCUGGUGCAGAGCAAACUGUUCCCCGUGUUCUUCUACUGCCUGCUGGGGAGCAACUUCGUCAGCCUGGCUGUGUACGCUGUGUACCACCCCAGAGAGCUGCUGGACUGGCAUGAAGCUGUGCAGAUGGUUCUGUUCCUUGUGGCGCUGGUCACGGCAGGUCUGAACGCCCAGUGGUUCGGUCCUGCGGCCACAGAGGUCAUGUUCCAGAUGAGGGAGGUGGAGGCGGAGCACGGCCUGGGGAACGAGAUAGGCCGGGGCGCCCAGAGAGACGCGUACGCCAAACUCAAAGAGCAGGACCCCAAGUACAGAGCGCACAGGAGCACGUUCGGCCGCUACCACGGGUUGUCCAGCCUCUGCGCCCUUAUAGGGUUCCUCUGCACCACAGUUAAUUUGAUCUACACGGCUCUGAAUUUAUCCACCAUUUAGAGGAAAAGCAGAUUUCAGCAUGUGAAAAAUGUCUCAGUGUCUUUUUUUUUUUUUUUUUUUUUCUGCAGCCGUCAGAAUAUUUCAUAUGAUAAAGCAAACAGGGUGUGUGAGGAAUCAGGAAGGAGAGCAUUACCAUCGUUUCAUCUUUGGUAAGAACGAGGGGAAACCAAGUCAGAGGCUACUUGAGCCGUUCCAUUUAUAAUAUAUAUAUAUACAUUCCUUAUAAUUGUGCACAUGUUUCACUUCUUGCUAAGUAGCUGAUUAUUUCACACCGCUCCCUAAGAGAAAGAAAUGAUGAGACUUUUUUUUAACUGUUUAAUUUUAACUUUUUUCACAAUGCGACAAAAUGUGCCCACAAAUGAAUAAAUUUAAAUUUUGACUGUUGAAACCACAGCAGCUUAUAAGUGUCCUUAAGAGUGAGGAGGCCUUUGUUGAUGAGGAUUUCAUUCAGCGUCUAAUUAAUCCUGUCUCACAAAAUAGAAUUUAUCUUUGCAUUCAUAUAUAAUUUCUUUUUUUCAGUAUCUAACACACCUCCAGUGCAUUAUGGGGAUUUUUCUUGCAUCCCCAGCAGGGGGUGAUGUUCACACUUGACAAACUUCAUUUCACUUGUUAGCUCCUGUGUUCUCAUGAUGCUGCGGUGGAAAUGUGUUUUUGUGAAUUUGUCACUGUGAUUGUGAGAUUAAACACAUGCUCUGCUUUAUUCUUAUGCUGAUAAUCUCCUUCAGUCUGACACAACGGAUCUCUCUGUUUUGUUUUCCCGUGGUCUUUCAUGCCCUGAAACCAAACACUGGACAGAAACACGAUGAUGAGCGAACCCAGACCCAGCAGACACACUGCCUGGAUUUGGAAUAGGAACAUUUUUAAUUUCAUUACCAGUGAUGCACCGGAGAAUCAGCCUUGUACGCAGAGAACAGUGAUGUGCUGGCCGGCUGCAGGACGAGCGAGGCACAGCUUCAGUCUCUGCACUAAUGGAUCAUAAUGGACUCAUUUCAAUAUAACGUGCAGGGACUGAGAGUGAAGGGGUGAGGUUUUUCUAAAAUGCAGUUCACGCUGCCUCCUCAGCUGGGAUCUGGUUUUAAAUGUUUGGGAUUUCUUGCUGAUAAAAAAAUUCAGAAUAAAUAUCUGUAUUCGAAAACAAAUGUACAUCCCAAAUAAAAAUGCAUCAGGCCAGAGGAUCUCAAAGUGCGAGCAGGGUUAAAUGGGGGUAAGAUCUG